AUGACAGAUUCAUCAGAUCCCUGCUUCAGAUUCGUCACCAAGUCUGAGAACAAGAAGGAAUCCGAAUCUCCAGCGGAGGCGGUGCAAAGUGCCGCAAUUGCUUUGCCUGUACCGCCAGAUGGAGGUCAUGGUUGGAUACAAGUCUUGGUAGCGCAUUACAGCUUUGGAAUAUUUGAGCAAUACUACCAUCAAGAGCUUGGCUUUAGCUUAUCGUCAACAUCUUGGAUAGGAAGCAUUCAUCUCUUUUUUCUCUUUGCCCUUAGUACGAUUUCCGGUCGUCUUUUCGACGCUGGAUACUUUCGUCACCUUCUGAUUAUCGGUUCAUUCCUUCAGCUACUCGGACUAUUCAUGGCGUCGAUAAGUACGGAGUACUGGCACCUCUUCCUUGCUCAAGGAGUAUGCAGCGGAAUUGGAGCUGGUUUGGCAUACUGCCCUGUCAUGGCUUGCGUGUCAACAUACUUUACUAAGAAGCGGGCUUUUGCCAUCGCAGUCGUCACAAGUGGUUCAGCUACUGGUGGGAUAAUCUUUCCCAUCAUCGCUCAGCAAGUGAUUUGUGGGUCAUUUCUCAUACUUUGGUCUGUAUUCAUCGGUCCUAGCUACAUAAAUCAUUACGCGGCAUCCGUGGUCGGCAUCAGGGUCAAGAACCUAUCAAGUGUUUUCGUCUUUGUGAGCUUAUUUGGAUUUGUAUGCGGUGGCAUACAGACUGUGGGCAUGGCUGGCCUCCCAACUUUAACAAUCGAUCAUAGUAAGAUGGGGCCCGCCAAUUGCAGGUUUGGGGAGCUUGUGCAAUGGCUGUGGGUGCAGGAUUUAUCUUGA